UCAAAUUCCUCAUUUCGUACAAACAGCGAUCCUGGUGAUCCCAAUUGCUCAAACACGCACACAACAAACAAAAUGGCAACUGUUCGACACGCAAGGCGCGAGGAUGCGAAAACCAUCCUAGACUUUAUCCAGGAGCUUGCCGACUAUGAGAAAGAAUCCGACGCUGUGCAGGCCACCGUUGAGACUCUGCAAAACACGAUUGCGUUUGCGCCAGCAGACGUAGUCAGCCCCCAAAACCACCUGCCCGUGACCGAGCCCAUCACAGCUACUCGUCCCGCACGAUGCCUCCUCCUCAUCGACGAACAAGGCAAGACCGUAGGAAUGGCACUUUAUUUCUACAACUAUAGUACAUGGCGAUCCAAGGCCGGCAUCUACCUGGAAGAUCUCUAUGUCUCUCAAUCAGAGCGCAACAAGGGAUACGGCAAGAUCCUGCUGUCUGCGCUGGCCAAGGAGGUUCUUGCUAUGGACGGUGGUCGUCUGGAUUGGUCUGUGCUGAAGUGGAACGAGCCCAGCAUCAAGUUCUAUGAGAUCAUUGGAGCUACCCCAAUGAGCGAGUGGGUAGGUAUGCGUAUGGAUGGUCCGGAGGCGCUGGGCAAGCUUGCUAAGCUUGCCUAAAAUAUUUAUAUAUACAUCCAUAUGUCCCCAUAGAAGUAUAUAAAAAGGGACGGAAAAAAAAUAUGAUAAUGAUAUCUUUCACGACGAUG